GAUUAUGCUGAAUUCCUUAGUGUGGAUCCAACUGCUUCGAAUUCCGAAAUCGACGGUAGCGGCAAUAACAAAUACACGAUGAUGCAAUUUGCAAUGCUGUACUUCCGACGACCGAAAGGAAUGCCAGCGGACAUAACGGGACUGGGUAAUGGUGGAGAUACGCCACAGCGAAAAAGACUGAUUAGCUCGGAUAUCUUGCAACUGUUGCUCGCAAUUUCGUACAAUUUUAAUUUUGCAGAAAAGGACUGGACAUGGAAAGAGAUUGCAGAAAAGGUGAAAUACACCAAUAAACCGAUUGGUCACUCACUGCUGCGCCUCGAUAACAACGAAGCAGAUAAGCUAGCUCAAGAAGCAUUCAUCUGUGAGUACAUCAUGCUUUUAAAGCCAUUAUUUUUUGUGACGGGCACUAAUCCCGAUAUUGGCAUAAUGCGCUACAUGGGUGACGAGAAUCUAAAACGAGGACAAACUUUGACGGAUUGUGUUUAUGAGCUUCUGAUGAUCUGUCAUCAGUAUCAGCCACUUCGCGAUGAGGUCUACUGCCAGAUCAUUCGUCAGACAACCAAUAACAAAAGCACAAGAGCAGACAGUUCGAUCCGCGGUUGGCGUCUCUUCUCAAUUUUGACUGCUUACUUCGACUGUUCAGAGGUGCUGAAACCAUACUUGUUCAAAUAUCUCAUUGAUAUGGCCAGUGAUCCGAGAAGAGCCUAUCACGGUGGGUUUCUUUUUCUACACUCUUGCACAGCGUCGAUAUGUUUGCAAAAUUUGGUAAAAACAUUUAAGUACGGUGGCCGGAAAUUUCUACUGAGCGGACGAGAAAUCGAGGCAAUCACGGUAAGU